AUGUCCCGCCUUCUCCGGCCCGCAGCUCGCCUAGCUGCCUCGACCCGAGCCUUCGCUAAGGUACCCGCUGCUCCCUCCUUCGCCCAGCGCGCCGUCAUCCGUCCCGUCGUCUUCGGUUCCUUCCAAACCCGCUCCUACGCCGAUAACGCCUCCGGUGUCAAGGAGUACACCGUCCGAGAUGCCCUCAACGAGGCCCUUGCCGAGGAGCUCGAGGCCAACGACAAGGUCUUCAUCCUUGGCGAGGAGGUCGCUCAGUACAAUGGUGCCUACAAGGUUACCAAGGGUCUUCUCGACCGCUUCGGUGAGAAGCGUGUCAUUGACACUCCCAUCACCGAGAGCGGUUUCACUGGUCUGGCCGUUGGUGCUGCUCUCAGUGGCCUCCACCCCGUCUGCGAGUUCAUGACCUUCAACUUCGCCAUGCAAUCGAUCGAUCAGGUUAUCAACUCGGCCGCCAAGACCCUCUACAUGUCCGGUGGUAUCCAGCCCUGCAACAUCACCUUCCGUGGCCCCAACGGCUUCGCCGCUGGUGUCGGUGCCCAGCACUCCCAGGACUACUCCGCCUGGUACGGAAGCAUUCCCGGUCUCAAGGUCGUCUCCCCCUGGAGCGCCGAGGAUGCCAAAGGUCUUCUCAAGGCCGCCAUCCGCGACCCCAACCCCGUUGUCGUCCUCGAGAACGAGCUGUUGUACGGCCAGUCCUUCCCUAUGUCUGAGGCUGCCCAGAAGAGCGACUUCGUCAUCCCCUUCGGCAAGGCCAAGAUUGAGCGCUCCGGCAAGGAUUUGACUGUUGUCACUCUGUCCCGCUGCGUCGGCCAGUCCCUGAUCGCCGCCGAGAACCUGAAGAAGAAGUACGGCGUCGACAUCGAGGUCAUCAACCUGCGAUCCAUCAAGCCCCUCGACCUCGAGACCAUCGUCCAGUCCAUCAAGAAGACCCACCGUCUCCUCGUCGUUGAGUCCGGCUUCCCCGCCUACGGUGUCAGCUCUGAGAUCCUCGCCCUGAGCAUGGAGUACGCCUUCGACUACCUUGAUGCCCCCGCCCAGCGAGUCACUGGUGCUGAGGUCCCUACCCCCUACGCCCAGGGACUUGAGGAGAUGAGCUUCCCCACUGAGCAGCUGAUUGAGGACUACGCUGCCAAGCUGCUACGAUUGUAA